AUGCGACAACAAUUAGAUCAGACGAGGAAGCGAAAAAGGGUUUGGCUGCAUAAUAUUCAGCCUUAAGAAAGCUCAGGGAAGAAAAGGUCCUGCCAAUGUCUCGGUUCAACCAAUAAAUACCACAAGACGUAA